GUGCGGAAGUGUUGUCCUCGCAGCUGCAGAGCCUGAGCUGCCUGUUUGGAUAAACACAGUUGGAUUUGAGGAGCAGGUUUUUGUGUUGCUGUGUAUCUUCUGACUCGCCGCAUCGCGCUCCCUGUCCCCGUGCAGCAGAGCAGUAUUAUGCGCGCACUGAGCCUGCUGUGGGAACACCGUGUGCACUGAGUUACCUUGAAUCAUCUAUAUGGGCCAUCUUCUCUCAAAAAAUGGCUUCCAUCUGAAGAAGAGAACUCACAAACUUCAUCCCAGGAAAAAGAAGAAGAGGAACUGUUUGCUGCAGGGUCCUUGCAUGUUGUGCUUCAUUAUCCACAGCAACAACACCGACCCUGACGACGAGAGCGAUCACUACAAGGCCAGAGCCAAUAACAGUGUGUGCCACCACAACAGCAUUACUGCAGUCAGCGUUCCCGGGGUCGGAGUGGGAAUAGGGGCGUCUGCUGCCUCUAAACUUGCGGAACGAUACGCGUCACUCGCAUCACCGGAGGACUGCUCCAAGUUCUUGUUGUCCCCACGAGAACUUGCGCUUUUAGAAGACCAGGGCCGGAGCCUGUUGUCAGCGGUCCCAGCGACCCUGAUCCCACAACCAGUGGUGUUUCGGACUGCGGGAGUGUCUGUGACUCUGCCCAUCCCAGUGCCUCUACCCGUUUGCACCAGCGAUUACACUGACAUGGUCUGUAAGAGGAAGUGCUCUGAGGUGCAGCGGUGCACUCCCUGUAAGCAGCCGCGCUGUGCCUUCUCUGGGCCAGACGGAGCCCUGGAAAAUGGAGCCGUGGAAGAGACCUGCUCCAAUGAACCCAGCACCUGCCAAACCCCUGUCUGUCCUGAAGCGUCCACUGCUGCCUCCUCCUCUUCAUCCUCAUCCUCCUCUUCCUCCAUCACUCCCACUGAGGGCUGCUGUGGGCUGGGACACCCUGUGGAUGUGCCCCAUAGCUCAAACUCUUCCCCAUGCUGUAAUCAUCACCAUGACGACAACCAGCCCAAAGCUCCUGAAGCUGCAGAGCAUUUAACCAUCAACCAACUGCCUUCCUCCAUUCUCCUCAAAGUGCUGUCCCACUUGACUGUAAAGGAGCGGUGUCUGUGUGCCUCUCUGGUGUGCAAAUACUGGCGUGACCUCUGCUUAGACUUUCAGUUCUGGAAGCAAAUCGACCUCAGUGGCCUGCAACAAGUAAAUGAUGACCUUUUGGUGAAAAUUGCGUCCCGUAGACAUAACGUGACUGAGAUCAACAUUUCGGACUGCAGACGGGUGCACGAUAACGGGGUCUCCACUCUGGCCUCGCACUGUCCAGGGCUGCAGAAGUACACCGCAUACCGCUGCAAACAGCUGGGGGACGCAUCGCUCUCAUCUCUGGCCACACACUGCCCUCUGUUGGUGAAAGUCCAUGUCGGCAAUCAAGACAAGCUGACUGAUGAGGCGUUGAAAAAGCUGGGAGAGCAUUGUGGAGAGCUAAAAGACAUCCACCUGGGUCAGUGCUACAGUAUUACAGAUGAAGGCAUGGAGGCGCUCGCAAAAGGCUGCCCCAAACUCCAGAGACUCUACCUACAGGAGAACAAACUGGUCACAGACAGAUCGGUGUGUGCCGUGGCUGAGCACUGUCCCGAGCUGCAGUUUGUGGGCUUCAUGGGGUGUCCGGUCACCUCCCAGGGCGUCAUUCACCUCACCGCUCUGAGUAACCUGACGGUGCUGGACUUGCGGCACAUCUCGGAGCUGAACAACGAGACGGUGAUGGAGGUGGUGAGGAAGUGCCGUAACCUCAGCUCCCUCAACCUCUGCCUCAACUGGAGCAUCAACGACAAGUGUGUUGAAAUCAUCGCCAAGGAGGGCCGCAGUCUGAAGGAGCUCUACCUGGUGUCCUGUAAAAUCACGGACCACGCUCUGAUCGCUAUCGGCCAGUACAGCACCACCAUCGAGACCGUGGACGCCGGGUGGUGUAAAGACAUCACAGACCAGGGAGCCACGCAGAUCGCACAGAGCAGCAAGUCCCUCCGGUACCUGGGGCUCAUGAGAUGUGACAAGGUGAACGAGGAGACCGUGGAGAGGCUGGUCGUGCAGUAUCCACACAUCGUCUUCAGCACAGUGAUGCAGGACUGCAAGAGGACGCUGGAGAGGGCCUACCAAAUGGGCUGGAUCCCCAACACGUCCAACGCUUCGUAGCUGCAGCUGUUGUACACAUGGCAUAAUCGUUAGUGUUAGCAUCAUGUGGCUACACCCAGACUCUCCGCAUUUACACUUCAUAUCAUGUUUUCACUUUAUUUCUAUGUACUACACGCAUGUAGCUAGACACGUUUAUUGUUCUAAAACAGAGUUCAGCAAUUAGGUAACAUCUUCGAGCUUUCUUUUAUUUUUGAUCUAUAGAUCUCUUGUAAUAAUCAUAGCUUUUAUUGAAGAAAAUGUUCUCUCGGCGGCGGCGGCAGUUACUAAAAGUCCACUGUGUAACCUGUCAUGCUUGUCUCCAUGGAGAUAUUUAUUUCCCCAAAGUGUUCCCAGUAUGGCAUUAGACAAGCAAAGGAUGCCACCAAGCCAAGUUACAGGUCUCAUCUGUGGAGAGGCAUCCCCACUUGUAAUAAAAACGCAUUUUCCAAGGCUUUUUUAGCAAUAUAUAGACCUAUACUUUUGGAAUAUUUAAGAAGACGGAGAAGUUUAAUGCCACAGUGUGAUGAAUUUCAAGGCAAAGCAACAAAAUCACCAUGGAGACAAGCAUGUACCAGAGAUCCCCCACCACAAAAGUCAGACAGUGCACUUGAAAAUAAUCUUUGUGAAUGGAUAUCAGUCCUUAAACAUUCUCGUAACGUUUAAACAGAUACAAUGGAAGAACGUCACGUGUAGAAUGUACAGCUGGGUCUGGUAGCUUGGGCUAACGGAAGAUGGCGCCCAACGUAGAAACGGUGGAUUGCGGUAAAUGGACCUGCACUGACAAACCAGCAUGAAUGAGCAAGUCCCGUUCUCUUUUCAAAGGGUCUUCUUCAACUAAAAACAUUGCUUUUUCAUUUGAGAAUAGUACAAUUAUGAAAAACAACGGUUUUGGACUUAACCUUAAACGUGAACUGAAAUCUCAAAAUCGCAUCCAAAAAUUCAAAUUCUUAAACCGUAAUAAGGAUUCUGUGGAUUGGUUUUCCAACUUUCUGCACUGGAUAAACUCAGAACUAUUCGCGCCAACUUAUGAUACUGAUUUUAAACAAUGUGGUCAGAUUGUAUCUUCAUAAAUCAGCUUCGAAGUCCCUCUUUUUAUAUCCCGCACCAAUGGUUAACCCCGGAUAAGUUGGUAAAACGAUGCCUUAAAUGGUUAGUCUGUAAUGCAUUUAAACACAUUUAGCGACAACAUUUAAUACCGUUCUUUUAGCCGUACAAUCAUAUAAAUAUAAAGUUCCAAAUUUGCUUGAUUAGCCUUCAUCGUUGUGAAUAUUUGUACAAUAGUUAUGUAGCAAUGCAAGGAGAACGUUUAGUUUGGCGUAGAGUGCUAGCGAAACGAUCUUUGCAGGGCCAGUAGAAGUUAUGGUUUUGUCCGUUAUGUGUUUAGGAACUCAAUAGUUACAAAAGCAAAUAACCAGGGUAUUUUUCUACCGCGUUGAACCAGCUCAUGGCUCAACCGCCAAUCAGACGCCCGCAUUUGGACAAUAGCGUGAGUGGAACUUUGAACUUUCUACAAUAUCAGAAAUAACAUGUUCUUCACCAGGUUUCAGCCAAUGGAGAGAGGUGUCUCCCUUGGUUCUUUCGUUUUACUUUCUUUUGUAUCACGUUUCUCUCUAGAUGUUGACACUCUUGAUUCUUGAUUUGUUAUUGACAUAAACAACUGAAUUUACAUAAAGAUGAUUAAAACACUACAGUUUCAACCCAA